AUGAAUGAUGAUCGGAAGCCUUCAUCGUCGUUGAGAAGACCCUCGUCGGAAUCGAGCAACUCCGACGAUGAGCGCGGAAUGAUGGAGCAUAUAUUGAGGCAUGGAUCGCCGCCGGACAUGGAUACGGUAAUUAUUGAAGACUCGAAUGGGAUUCCGAUCAAUUUGAGCCAAUCGAAACCGCAGGCGUCGUCGUCGUCGUCGUCGGAAAAUUGGAUAACGAAAUUGCGAAGCGCCAGCGCUUCUGUGAUGGGCUCGAUUCGGCCGUCGUCAUCAUCGUCGCACGAUGAGCACAAAAAGAAGCCGCAGCAGCAUCAGCACUGGAAGGCGAAAGUCUGGUCGACGUGGAACAAUCUGAAGUAUUCGAGCACGUGGAUGGCGGACCGAAGCGACGAGUACACCGGCAACACGAUCGUCUUUCUCCUCGGCCGCUGCUAUUUUCCGAAUCGCGCCGUCGAGCAGUGCGGAUUCGACGAGUUUUGCGCCGAUUACAACUCGCGCAUCUGGAUCACGUAUCGCACCAAUUUUCCGCCGCUUCUCGACACGCCAUCGACGACCGACUGCGGUUGGGGAUGUAUGAUACGAACGACGCAGAUGAUGUUGGCGCAGGCGAUUCUUGUCAAACGACUCGGACGAGACUGGAGGUACACGAAACGGAAACGAUCGUGCGUUCAAGGUAUAUCGACGAGUCAGCUGGAACUGAAUGAGACGAAGCGGCAAGAGCUCGCGAUUCUCAAACUAUUUGAGGACAACAACUCGGCGCCUCUCGGAAUUCAUCGGUUCGUUUCGAUUGCGCAAAGAGAAAAAGGCGACAAAGCGAUCGGAUCGUGGUAUUCGCCGAGUGAAGCUGUACAUAUAAUGAAAAAAUGCAUCAACGAGUCGUCGUCGGCGCUUCUCGGCAACAUCGCAAUGGUUUUGGCGAUCGACGGCAAAAUUCACAUUCGCGAUAUUGAGAUCGAAACGCGAAACUGGUCGAAACACUUGAUAUUGGUUGUCGUCGCGAGACUCGGCGCCAGCGAAAUCAAUCCGGUCUACGUGUCGCAUCUGAAGUACAUUUUCUCGAUGGAACGCUCGCUGGGAGUCACCGGAGGCAAACCGAAUCGAUCGUGUUGGUUUAUCGGAUGCUAUGAUGAUCACGUCAUCUAUUUGGAUCCGCACGUUGCUCAUGAAUACGCGCCGAUCGACGUCGAUGGUCCCGUCGUCGAUGGUGAAACGAGCGGCGGAAAUAAAAGGGCGAAAAAUCCGGAAAAAUCGUAUCAUUGUCAGCUGUUGUCGAAAAUGCACUUUUUGGACAUGGAUCCGAGUUGCGCGAUUUGCUUCAGUUUUGAGACGAGGGAGCAAUUCGAUCGCGACAUGAAAGAAAUGAAUCUGCACCAAUACAUUGACAUCGAUCAAGGCGAAGAGGACGGAAUGAAGCGCGUCAACGAUCCGCUGUUCUGCGUCGUCUACGGCGAGCGUCGCGUCGAGACCUACGACGAAACGACGGCAACGGUCGCCGAGAAGGAGCAGGCGAAUCGGCAAGGCUUCGAGCUCUUAUGA